CAAAACUCCCAGCCUUUGCGGUGGUUCCUUUUGGGUUGCUUACACUUGGCUUUUAUCGGCUUUUAUCGAUCAUAUACGUGACCGUUGUCCCGCGCCGCAGAUGGCGAGGGAUCUGAUCGGGCCGGCCCUGCCCCCCGGCUUCAAGACCCACGGGACAGCGGAGGACGAAGAGCGGGACCCCAGCCCGGUUGCAGGACCAGCCCUUCCCCCUAAUUACAAAAGAAGUAGUUCAGAAUCAUCAGACAGUGAUGAAGACAGCAGCUCUCUAUCUGAAGACGGAAAUCAAGAAUCCGAGGAAGAUGACAGUGGCCCAACUCCCAGAAAACAGAAGAGAAAUCAUGGUGGUGACGAUGAUGAUGACGACGAUGAAGGGUUUUUUGGACCAGCCCUUCCUCCUGGAUUUAAAAAGCAGGAUGAUUCUCCUCCAAGGCCUAUAAUUGGUCCUGCACUACCUCCUGGUUUUAUUAAAUCUACACAGAAAAGUGAGAAAAGCAGAGAAGAUCCUGGACAACAAUUAUCAUCACAUCUCAACUCUGAGAAGGAAACAGAUAGCAGCGAAGAGGAGGACAUCGUGGGCCCAAUGCCGGCAAAGGGACCAGUCAACUACAGCGUAACGGCCGAGUUUGAAAAGAGGGCCCAGAGAAUGAAAGAAAAGCUUACCAAGGGGGAUGACGAUUCAUCUAAACCAUUUGUGAGAGAAUCGUGGAUGACUGAGCUUCCUCCAGAAAUGAAAGACUUUGGUUUGGGGCCCAGGACAUUUAAAAGAAAAGCUGACGACAAAUCUGGAGACCGGUCAGUCUGGACAGACACCCCGGCUGACAGGGAGCGGAAGGCCAAGGAGACACAAGAAGCAAGGAAGUUGUUUAAUAAGAAGGAUGAAGAACACGUCUUGUCAGGAAGGGAGAAGAGAUUGGCUGAGCAGGUGUCCUCGUACAAUGAGUUAAAAAGGUCAGAGUCUCUUAUGGACAUUCAUCAUAAAAAAUUAAAGAAUAAGGCUGCUGAAGAGAAAAAUAAGCCCCAAGAAAGAAUACCAUUUGACCGUGAUAAGGACCUCAAAGUUAAUCGGUUUGAUGAAGCACAGAAAAAAGCUCUGAUAAAGAAAUCUAGAGAACUAAACAGCAGAUUUUCACAUGGCAAAGACAAUAUGUUUUUAUAAGGGGACUUCCCUAUCUAAUGAAGAAAACGUGAAGAAUACUCAUAUUCCUAUGAUAUGUUUCCUUUUUUAAAAUAUAUGUAUUUCUUUACUUUGUUUUUUUGUGUGUUUAUUUGUUUUGUUUGGGGGCCACACCCUGAGUGCUCAAGGGUUACUCCUGUCUCUGCACUCAGGGGGACUUGAUGAGAUGCCGGGGAUCGAAUCCAGGUCGGCUGUGUGCAAGGCAAGUGCCCUACCUGCUGUACUAUUGUUCCAGCCUCUGAUUUGAGUUUUUUAAGGUUAAAGAUUACUUCCAUCUCAAAAACCAUAAGAACACCCCUUGUUAAGUCUUAUGGAAAUGUAAAAUCAAUAUUCCUUAUGUAGAAUAGACUUUUCUGUUUUGCUUCUAAGGAAGCAUGGUCCAUUUUCCAAACUAUUUUGAUGAUUUCUGUGGCACCUCCCCUCUCGCUCCCCCACCCACACACCAUCCCUCAUUCUUCCAGUGUCUCAUAAGUAACCUCAUACAUCUGGACAGGAGUAGCCCUUGACUGUCUGCAACCUGAAUGUCCUCAUCAAGUGUUGCUAACUUGCCCUGAGUAUCUGCUCCCGGACAUAGCAGUUAGUUCAUGAAGUCAGAAUUGCUGAUAUGAUUUUUCCUUUCUGAACUACAAGCAUUCAGUGUACACUUACUUGAAUAAAGGGAAUGUGGGCAUUUUGUCUAUUCUGUUCAUCAGUUUGCUUGCUUGAACACUCAGGGCUUUUGUGUUGUUUGGGACUUUGGUUUAAGUCGGAAAGAGUGAUCUCUGUGUUAACUUGUGUGUUAAGCUUAGAAAAACUUUUGAUUUUUCCCGCGUCAAUUGGUGUUUCUAGGGGAGUCAGUCAGAGGGACAAGAGAAGUUGUUACCCAGUAGCUGUGGCAAACCUGAGAUUCAAACUUUUAGGACCUCAGCCAAGGUCUUCUAAGUCUUUCAACUUUGCUGUAGGGUGAUCUCAUUUUGCCUAUUUAUAUUUGAUAGUUUUUAGCUAAUUUAUUAAGGACUGAUUUUUAUAUUAACUAUGAAUUAGCCUUUUAAAAAGUAGACAAUAGUUUAUGCAUACAGAAAUAUGAAUAGGGCCCCUGUAUUCACAAGCUUCCUAAUUAAGGUAUUACAAGUUUGCCAUGCUUUUGAGUACUACCUUGUGUAAGAUGUAGAAUAGAAAAAAGUCUUAAGUAGUUAAAUCCUAAAUUCAGAUUCGUAGGUUACAGUUUCUUACAAAUAAGGCACAGUUGUUCUGCUGCUUGCUGUUCUUGUUUUGAUAAAGCACAAGGUUUUAGUGGGGAAAGAUUCUGAGUCUUAACUGACUUAAGCUUUAUGAGUAAAUUGUUCAAAUCAUGAUACAAAAUAUUCUUUGAAUCAGAGCAGUGUGGAGGGGCCAGGAGAUUAGCUCAGAGGGCAGAACCCCUGCUGUGCUGUGGAGUGUUUAUCCCAUGAGCACUGCCUGGAGUGACCCCGAAGCACCAUACCAGAAGCAGCCCCCCAGCAUCUCCAAGUGUGGCCAAAAGAGGACAAAAAAAAACAGACCAAAACAUAAUAGUACAAGGAUAUUUUCCAUGACAUUGGUUUAAACUUGUGGAGUGAUGCUAUUAAAGAGAAAAUGUAUGUUUGGACCGCACCCAGCGAUGCUCAGGGCUUACUCCUGGCUCUGCACUCAGGGAUCAUACCUGGAGGGCUUAGGGGACCAUAAUGGAUCCUGGGGGUCCAACCCAGGUUGGCUGCAUGCAAGGCAAGCACCCUACCCACUGGGCUAUCAACCCCAUCCUAGAGAUGAUGUAUUCUUCUAAAGAGCAAAUUUUUAAAACUUCCUGUCUAAGAAGAAUUGAACAGAACUGCCUUUUCAAUAACAGUGGCAUCUUUAGUGAGUAAUAAAUCAUGAGCACAAAUUGAUCAAGUCUAUCCAUUGCUUUCAUUCAGUUGUGUUAUAGUUGUUGCUUUCCGCCACCACCCAGCCCUCCGCAGUGAACGGAACAAAUGUUUCCUUAUUCUUCAUUCUUAUUGUAAGAUCCUAACCUGUAUUUUGGGGAAAUUUAAUGCUUUAGAGUAAAAAGGUCACCUUACUUUUGCUUUGCUAUACUCUCUUGAGGGGAACUGGGAUUUUUCUGAAUUACCUUUUCAACUUUUUUAUUUCCUUCUGGACUAUCUGUGACCUUACUAAAAAGGAAAAAAAGCCUCCUCUUUGUGCCUAGUAUUUUCCGCAGGUUUUACCACAGUACUGGAUGGCACCUUGGAUUCUCGUGCACCCUGAGAAGAAUUUUAACAACACAUAAGGCCAAUCCAAACAUUUUUUGGAUCCGUAAAGCAUUUAACCCAAUGCAACAUCACAGAUAAUGAGAAGAAUCAAACUAUUUGUACAGAAUGGAAGCAUGUUCUUGGUUUCCUCCCUUCCCCUCUUCCAGCACUGCUGAAGGCUUGUUUUAACUCAGGCACCUUCCUGCUGUCCAAAGACUGGAGAGGUUGGCAUUUUCUAGUAUGUCAUCUUCUUAAUUUCUUACCUUUCUUGGUCCAGAAUUCUGACCUCUUUUGAAACUUCAAGGUGAAAAAAAAAUAAGUUACCCAAGAUAGAGCAUUCUUUAAUGUUCUUUAGUAUUCAAGGUGAUGUUCAUCAUACCUACAAGUUACCUGAUUUUGUUGAACAUCAGGUUGUCACCUGAAAUAUAGAUGCCUUAAAUAGUCACCAUGUUACUGGUAAAUAAAUGAUGACUUUAGGAAUCCCUGUCUGGGGGUAGGAGAUGAAAAAUGGUAUUUACACCCAUUAUAUACGGUUUUACCAGGUAGAUUGAGUUCUUCUUGUAUUGAGCAAAGCAUUACAAAUUAAGCCCUGCUUUCAAAGAGAGGGAAAGGGGAAGCAAGAGGGGAGGGAUGGGGGAGGGAGAGAGAGAUAGAGAGAAAGAAAGGUCAUAAUCUUAUACAAAUAUUUUUUCAUCUUGUUUGAUGUGUUAACCAUUUGAUAUUUGCCAUUUGAAUUAUGUGGUUCCUUCAGUUACCUAUUUUUUUUAAGGAGAGAUUUCUUACAUAGCACUGAGACUGGCAUGCUCCAGAGUAAAUUUGAUCCUAAAAUAUGAGGCUACUUUCUUUUCUUACAUAAGAUAAGGCUAAUACUCUUACUCAGAAAUUUAUGAUCACAGAAGAUAGUUGUUAGGUGACCUACAAGAGCUUUCUUUUAUCACUUUUUUUAAAUGGUAAUGAUAAGUAUUAUCAGGGAAAAAAUAUUCUGCUUUGGGUUAUUCCUAAGAAGUAUUAACAUGCAGAGAGGUAUUCAAGAUAAAAACCAUGUCAGAUAAAAGCCACAUUUUCAAUUUUGAAAUAUUGUUUUAUUUUUCAUUUAUUUUUUGUGCCAUCAUAAGAUUUAAGCCUGCAGUUACAAAAGGUCAUGCAUUUCCCACUACAGGAGAGGUAUGUUUUGUGCAGCUUACAAAAAAAGUUUAAAUGUGACAUUGUUCAAAGUAUAAAAGCUAUCAACUGCCCUUUCAAUUUUUUCUUUUGAAAUUUGAAGUUAAAAGACUGUUUUCAGAAAAAAAAUUCUGAAGCAUUUAUUUUUUAUGUGUAAAUAAAGUUGUCUUUGUAUGCGA